AUGAGCGGUCCGGAUUUGAGUCAGGUCUCGAGUAACUGGAAGAGAUUGCAGGAGAAGCUGAGGACGGAGAAGAAAGAAAAGCAGAAGCGGGAAGGGGAUACUGCGAACAAUGGCCUAAAGCGCAAGAGAGUGCCCGAGAAGAGCAGCGCAGCAUCGAACGGGCUGAAGAAGGCGAGAGCAUCGGGCACGGCGUCGGCAAGGAUCGAGAAGAAGCGCAAGAUGGGCGGCUAUCUCUCCACCUCCACCGCCAGCGAGGAUGCCAAGGCGCAGAAAGCAUCCAGAUUAAUCCACGACCACGACAUCGAUCCCGCCGCAGUCUCAGCAGCAUAUGGCACUUCGAACGGCAGCACGAAAUCUUACAGAGACGAUAUCAACGGCGGUCUUCACCCAACGAAUAAAGUCGGGAAAUACAUCUCCCUCGACUGCGAAAUGGUCGGCACCGGCCCACCACCACACUCGGACAACGUCCUCGCCCGCGCCUCCCUCGUCAAUUUCCACGGCGAACAAAUCUACGACUCCUACGUCCUGCCCCCGCCGGGAAUCAAAGUCGAAGACUACCGCACCUUCGUCUCCGGCAUCAAACCCCACCACCUCCGACCCGGCUACGCGAGGCCUUUCGCCCAAGUCCAGAAAGACGUCGCGAACUUGUUGGAUGGGAGGAUUUUGGUGGGGCAUGCUCUGAAGAACGAUCUGAACACCCUCCUGCUUUCGCAUCCGAAGCGGGAUCUGAGGGACACGAGUCGACAUCCCAAAUUCCGGAUCGAGAGUCGGGGCAAACCGCCUGCGUUGAGGAAUCUGGUCCAGGCGGAAUUGGGGCUGCAGAUUCAGACGGGAGAGCAUUCUUCGGUGGAAGAUGCCCGCGCGGCAAUGCUGUUGUUUCAGAAAGAAAAGGCCGGGUUCGAGGAAGAGAACCGGAAGCAUUUCGGACAGAGGACGAGGCCUGGGCCUGGGAGAGCUGGCGGGAAGAGCAGGGACAUCACUCCCAGUAUCGACGAUGAAGACGAGGACGAGGAAGAGGAUGCGGACGACGAUCUGGAUCUUCUGCACGGCGAAGAUGAAGCGGGACUCGCAGACGAGCUCCCUUCCGCAAGCAGAUCCACGCAACCCAAGGCCAAGAAGCGCAAGAAGAAGAAGCGAACGAAGCGGACGUGA